UUGCUUCACUGUCUGUGUGUAAAAGUUGUAUAGCCCUAACUUCCAUCUUCUGUAGAGUUAUAGGUACAGAUGACAGGCUUUUCUUUAAGAGGUCUUUAUUUUCGUUCAUUCCAGUCUGGGUCUAUUUCUGAUUGUUCACUGACGUUCCUUAGAAUGGAGACAAUUCCAAAACUUCUGGCUGUACUUAUUCUGUUGACCUCGUGUGUGGAGGGCUGCUCCAGCCAGCACUGGUCCUAUGGAUUGCGCCCGGGAGGGAAAAGAAAUGCUGAAAACUUGGUUGAUUCUUUCCAAGAGAUAGCCAAAGAGGUUGAGCAACUGGCAGAACCCCAGCGCUUCGAAUGCACUGUCCACCAACCUCAUUCUCCCAUUAGGGACCUGAGAGGAGCUUUGGAAAGUCUGAUUGAACAGGAAACUGAGCAGAAGAAGAUAUAAAUCCAUUCAGCCAGAAGGACGGACAACACUUGAGUGUAAUGUAGAGGUUGAAGUUUGUGACCCAUUACAUAUCUGAAAAUUGUGUGAAUUUCAGAAACUUUUACACCAGGAUGCACGUUUCAUAAUAAAGUGGCGUGCCAUGGAAAAAGUGUUACAAAUGGAGUCUUUCUCUAGCCCCGAGCUCUGGGGGGAGGGGCGCCCCUAAAGGGAGCCUUCCCCAUAAAUGCACACGAGGCAGAUGGAAAGGAAGAUGAGGUGACACAAAGUAUCUCUGGUUGACUGGCUUGAUCUCAUGGCUAUGGACAAGGGCCACACACAGAUCCAGGCUGGAGAAAGUUGAU